UAAUCAAAGUUAAUAAUGAGUGAUAAACAAAUAAAACAUUUGAUUAAGAAGCGAGCCAUAAUUAAGGGAAAGCUUACUGGCUUUAGUAGUUAUUUGAAAUCGCUUGCAAAUAGCAAACAAACUGAUGAAUUACAAACACAAAUAGAACUUCAAUUGCGUUUGGAUAGAAUUGAGAGCUUAUACGAUGAUUUCGAUGCUUUUCAGAGUGAGCUGGAUGAGUUGUCGGAUAUGCCUGAGGACGAGGCAAGAGAGCGUGAGGCCUUCUAUUCCCAGUACUACUCUCUCGUGUCUGCCGGUCGUGCCUUGAUCCAGAGUCAUAGCAAGCUGUCGCCCCCUGCGCAGGACACUGUGUCACCGGUUUGCUCUGAAGUACAUUCACACAGACGUAAGCAGAAAACAAAGUGGAUGCAAUCGCAGGAGACGUUGAAGGAGGGUGCCUUGGUUGUGAUAAAGGACAAGUCCAGUCAACCAAUCAUGUGGUUGCUGGGGCGAAUUCUUCGAGUGCUUCCGGGUGAAGAUGGAGUUGCAAGGGUGGCAGACAUUCGCACCAGGAAGGGCGUAAUCAGACGGGCCUUCAAUAUGAUUUGUCCCCUGCCGACUGUAAAUAUUGAAGAAGACUCUUCAACGCGGGGAGUAUGUAUGAGUACGUGCGCGCCUGAUGAUCGCGUAGGGCGCGGGCGACGCGAAGGGGCGGGGAGUGCCGGCGACGAUGCGAGCGCAGCGCCGACGUAUUAAAACUGUCAUUCGCGACGCCGAGCCGUCAACAUCAAUAUUUUCUUUAUCCGCGACGCCAAGCCGUCCAUAGUUUUAUAUAUUUUUAUAAUUUAAACUACAAUAUACAUCUA